AUGUCUCCAAGCGCUUGGGCACUCCCUCCCGAGAUCCUGAUGGAUGUCAUCGAAUAUCUACGCCCAGCUACUACCAUCCACGAUCAUUCAGAGGCGUGGAUAACGCCCAUGCGGUACACAAACUGGUGGACGCUUGAAGCCGCAAACGAAGAGGUUCCCAGUAAUGCCACUCCGACCCAUCUCAUUCCGCCGUCGGCCAUUCCACCACAAGUAGGAAUGGACUUUAUUCGUCUACGAGCUGUGUCUCGGGACUUCUAUAACAUGUGUACGCCCUUUCUGUACCACGAGGUCAACAUCAACGGCGAUUAUAUACAACUCCGAGAUGUCCAUCUCCCUGUCAUCUCCAAGUACGGCCGCUUCGUUCGCAUCCUCAGGAUCGUCUUCCCGCUGCCCACCGUCGAAGAAGAGGAGGAGAAGCAAGAUUUCAUACAUCUCAUCCACAAGAUUCUUCCCCUGACACCUCAAGUAACAUCAUUGCACCUCUAUUUCCCCUCGGAGAGCCGUGCUAUUCUGACGCCUACAGAACAUCUCCAGACCCUAAUCAACUGUAUUCCCUGGGAGAGUCUCGAGUCGUUCGGAGUCUAUUCAAGGGGGAUCUUCCAUUCGGUAUGGCCAUCAUGGCCCUCUGCAAUGAGCAAUGGCAUCCUAGCGGCGCUCACAGAGAUGCCCCCUCGCAGACGAAGAGCCCUCCGACGCUUGGAUAUCGCCAACGAAUCUAUUCCAGAACAGGUAUUUGAUUCUAUCCGCUCCAACUUUACCACCCUGGAAUCCCUCACGAUCCGACGCUCACUACGAUUCGACGGAAAAAUAUGGGACAAUAAUAAUCAACGGAAGUGGAACCCAAACCUUCAUCUCACUUGUCUACAGCUCAUCGACUGCACCAGCGUUUACUCUGCCCAUGUACCAAGGAUCCUACAUCUCUUUCCCUCCCUUAAGCGACUCCUCAUCUCUGCAUGUGGAAACUGGGGAGACGAGAUCCCUCCGUCACGCGAAGAAGGCUGGAGCCAACGAUCAGACGCCCUCCAUCGCAGACUGCCAUACCUCGAAGAGUUUCUUAUUGAACACAUGGUCAAAUGGGAGAUACUCGCCAUGGGCGAGAUUUCGAGCAGGCUCGUCAUUGCGACAGGUCUUCCACUAGGUGACCUCGUUGAUGCCUUCAAGACUGACGCGGAGAUAUUCCCGGGGCUGCGUCAUCUACGACUCGACAAACGCUUCCCUCAUUAUACUCCAACGGCUGGGUGGGAGGAAGACUCCAUACCAACGACUGUCGAAUCACAAGGAGUGACAGCCGUCGAACCAAUCGCUAGCGCUCCAGCGGCUAUCGAACUACCUCCGAUCAUUCCAGUCCCAGUGGGUGAACUGGAGCAGAUCUGUCGGGAUCGUGGGAUUGAGCUUUCCAGGGAUGCCGUCCACCUGGCGUUUAGUAAUCUGUAA